GCUGGUGUGCAUGCUGUGCUCCGAAAUCGAAGCAAGAGAUGCGGACCGGGACCUGCCCGCAAUCCGUCGGUCUCGAUGCAGGUUGCGACCCUGGAAGUCACUCGACAGACGAGUUUGGGAGCAGCACCGUCUUUAGUGCUGCGGUUGUGGGAGGAGGUUGGUCUCCCGCAGGGCAAUGUGGAAAAGGAGCGUGCUUGGCUGGAAGCCUUCGACGCGAACGCAGUUGUUGAGGGGACCUGGUCCCGGUUGACUCGCGUUGCAUUAAUUUCGCAAGCUGUCGAAGAGUGCGGGCUCCGCACCUGCACCUGCGCCAUGGCAAGCCUUGGCCUCGAUCUGGAAGCCUUCGCAUUUUCGGCGGCAGGGACAGGUGGAGAUCAGUGCCCGCCGCGGCAGGUGCCGCAGCAGACAGUGAGUAUGAGCCGGACCUCGCCACAGCACACGCUGAUGCCAGAGGGCACGAUGCAUGCGACGGAUAUGGAGCUCCGGGCACCUCAACUUGAUCUCUCGGCAGACUGCAAGAUGAACAACCGUCGCGUCAACGAAAACGAAAACCCGGGGUCCGGCGGGGGGAGGCGCACAGUUCAAGAGUUCCAUGAUUUCCUUUGCUCACUGACAGGAUCUGAUAGCUGUGAAUUUACAAGCCUUUGUGCGGCAAUCUUGAGUGUGCAGACCCGCGAUCGUGCGGCCAUCGAUGCGACAAAGCGGCUCCUUCUGUGCUUUGCGUGCUUUAGCCCAGCAGCUCUUGCCCUGGCUCCCUUGGAGACGCUCUGUGAAUGUUUGGUCGGAGUCAACUUCUACAGAGGCAAGGCGCAGAGACUACGCGAGACGGCGGCAACUCUGCUUUCUCACCAUGCAGGGAGAGUGCCAGCCAGCUUUGAUGCCCUCAUCGCAUUGCCUGGUGUUGGUCCAAAGAUAGCCAAUUUGGUUCUGUCCGUGAGCUUUCAGCAAGCUGGAUGUGGAAUGGUCGUAGACACUCAUGUUCAGCGUGUUGCUCGGCGGCUUGGAUGGUCAAGGUUCACCGAACCGGAGCAGACACGACACUGCCUGGAAGGCUUUGUUCCCGAGGAGAUACGCGAGAUUGCUUGCCCUUUGGCCAGGGAGGACUUGUGUCCAUCAGCACAAGUACCCGUGGAGCGAGUGCUGGCUGCAGACGAUUCAGAGAGGGCAGACCUCUACUACUCAGACGUCAGCGCAUCAAAUUCUGCUGGUGUUCGCGCCUACGUAGAGAACAAGGCUUCUUGCGGAAGGAUCGUCAUUGACCGCCUGAGUGAUGGCACAAGGUCUUGUGGAUUCACCUGGCAUUUGGAAGAUGACGGUGCUGUGGGAAUCCGUGGCACCACGUAUGUGGAGCUGAAUGAAGAUGGGUUGGUCAGCUACCUGCGCGAGAUCUGCGAGCCCUUGUUCAAGCCGGGUGAUGCGACAGUGGAACUACUGAAGGCCAUCGGUGGUGACAAUACAGCCAAAUUUGAUGCCGUUGAGCGACGCUCCCCUUCGGGAGCGAGUGACAUCUGCCGGUAUCUGUGGAGCGAACUGCAGGGCAAUGCAGCACCAUCAGAGUCGUUAACUUUCUUUGCGGAAGAGGUGUUGUACGAGGACUUCAACUACGAGAUGCCAAUGCGUGGGAAAGCCGCAGUGGGCGAGUUCUUGGAGAAGUUUGCUGAGAUCAAGGCACUCAAAUUCGUUGCUGAGCGGUUUUCGGACGGAAAUCGAGCAUGCUGCUUCACCUGGAACGUUGAGAUCUCUGGGGCCUCCUCAGAUGCCCCCAGGACUCGAGGCAUCUCCUUUUACGAGUUGAACAAUGAAGGUGAGAUUGCGUAUGUUCGAGACAUCCCCGAGAGCUUAGCAAAGCCGCCGCCGCUGCAGGCCAUUGCAGCAGCUAUCCGACCCAAGCUACGGGUUUUCCAGCCGAGAAGCACAGUUGUAUCUGGAGAGGCAGCAACAUCACGCUGCAACUGUGCAGACGCUGGUGGUGUGGUGUGGCCAACAGGUGAGUGUGUGGACGGAGAGACUGUGCUGGCGCAGCUUGUCACCGGGUCAGAUGCGAGACGUCGACCUAUCUCUGAAGAGGUCGGACCCGCCAACGGAGCUGUGGUGGUUUUCCUGAGGCACCUGGCCU